UAAAUGUACUUAUUAUUGUAAAAUUUGGGUUGGUUUUACCUUCUAUUUAUAUUUGAUAUCUAAACAUCUUGAAUAAUUAAGUAAAUUAUAAUAUGGUUGAUACCUACCUAAUUAAGUUUAUUUUUUAAAUUUUAAAUAAAUUAAAAUUAUGAUAAUUCUUGAUGUGCCUUGAACAUAUUUAGUAAUAGUGCUUACCUGUAAAAGUCAACAAUGAGUUCUGAAUGAACUCAAGUAUCUCAUGAUUAUUCUAACUUAAUGGUUUAAGAAUACAUAUCAUUUUUAUCAGUAUGUCUUGGAUUCGUAAUAAUUCAAUGACAUGGAUGCAACGUUUUUGUGGCCAAGUCUUGACUUAUGGACCUAUACCAAAGCAUGUAGCAUUUAUAAUGGAUGGAAAUAGACGUUAUGCUAGGAAAAAUAAUGUUGAAAAAUGUGAAGGUCAUUCAAGAGGGUUUGAUAAACUAUCUGAAACUUUACAAUGGUGUUUAUAUUUGGGUGUCAAAGAAGUAACAGUAUAUGCUUUUAGUCUGGAUAAUUUUAAAAGAACACAAGAAGAAAUUGAUACAUUAUUCAAUCUUGCUAGAGAAAAGUUUAAAAGACUUCUACAAGAAAAAGAUAAACUAAAUAAGCAUGGAGUGUGCAUAAAUGUUAUUGGCAAUUUAACUAAAUUACCAGCUGACUUGACCAAACUAAUUGCUGAGUCGAUGUAUAUUACAAGACAUAAUAAUAAUGCAUUGUUAAAUGUGGCAUUUUGUUAUACAGGUCAUGAUGAAUUAACAAAUACAUUUAAUCAAAUUGUAAAUGGAGUAAAAAAAAAAUAUUUAGAUGUAUCAGAUGUUAAUGUAGAUAUCAUAGAUAAGUGUUUAUAUACAUAUCCAUCUCCACCUCCUGAUUUAUUAAUUCGAACAUCAGGAGAAACUAGACUUAGUGACUUUAUGAUUUGGCAAUGUUCAUAUAGUUAUAUGUAUUUUACCCCAGUACUUUGGCCAGAUUUUACAGCAUGGGAUUUUUUAGCUGCCAUAUUUAUGUAUCAAAGAAAUGCUCACUUGUUUGAACACUAUAAUUUACCUAAUAGUAUGAGUUUAAAAGCUGAAGAUUUUGUAAAAAACUUGAGAGAAAAACGUCUAAACAGAUUGUAUACAGUAAUUUGAUAAUUGAGUUUUUAUUUUUAUUAAAUUUUAAUAUUAGUUAAUGUAUUUACAUUACAAUUAUAUAUACAUUAUGCAUAUGUAGAAUUUAGUACAUAUAUAUUAAUAUAUUAUAAAAAACGUUAUGUGAAAUUAUUUU